GGACGAUGCAGGCUUUUCCUCUUUCCCAUGGGUGACAUCAUGGCAAAUUCCCAAAACUGGACGGACCCGGCUCAGGUGACAGCCAUAUGGGCCGAGACGGCCCGGGCCGGCCCGGGCCGGCCUGGUUGCCAGCUGGAGGGGCUGGGUCCUGAGACCUGCCGGGCCAGCGCCCUGGGGGCGGGGUUCUUCUCCGCUCGCCUUUCGCACGGACUGUGCCCUCGGCGGUCAGGCGGACGGGCACGGUAGGGUACGGGCCGGGCUUCUCUGGGCCAAGGAUCAAGGUCCCUGGCUUGGGUAGGCCCCCAAGCAUUCCAGUCUUCCUGACCUGGCUUCUGAAGAGGGCGCAGGAGAGCCACUGGAGAGAGCCGGACAAGACGCCGCCUCGGCCGGAGGUGGGACCUAUCGUGUUGCCGCCCGGGGCGGAGUUAUUUGGACCUGAGACCCGCCCUUAAUACUGCAGCCUCUCGGAAAGAAUCGUUCGGGGCGGAAGUUAAGAAGCCCCGAGAGCUAGGUGGCGGAAGUGGCCGCGUUCCCUUUUGUCCGUGCGCAUGCGUUAUUCUAUUUCUUAGCCGCCGCUCUUGAAGCGCUGCCUUUUCCUUUCUCCUCUUUACCUCCACGCGACGGGGUGCGCGUACCCCUAGUCGUCGUGGUCGGGCGCUCAGCCCCUCCACUAUUUUCGUAGCCCCCUCACCAUGGCGGGCAUCCUGUUUGAGGAUAUUUUUGAUGUAAAAGACAUUGACCCGGAGGGCAAAAAGUUUGACCGAGUGUCUCGACUGCAUUGUGAGAGUGAAUCUUUCAAGAUGGACCUCAUAUUAGAUGUAAACAUUCAGAUUUACCCUGUAGACUUGGGUGACAAGUUCCGGUUGGUCAUAGCCAGUACUUUGUAUGAAGAUGGUACUCUGGAUGAUGGUGAAUACAACCCUACAGAUGAUAGGCCUUCCAGGGCUGACCAAUUUGAGUAUGUAAUGUAUGGGAAAGUGUACAGGAUUGAGGGAGAUGAAACUUCUACUGAAGCAGCAACACGCCUCUCUGCCUACGUGUCCUAUGGGGGCCUGCUCAUGAGGCUGCAGGGUGAUGCCAACAAUCUGCAUGGAUUUGAAGUGGACUCCAGAGUUUAUCUGCUGAUGAAGAAGCUGGCCUUCUGAACCACCCAGGGAGCCAGCCUUGCUGCUUACUCACGCACGUCAUGGACGUUCGUCCAAGCCCGAGUAGCAGUUGCUGUUGUUCACCUGUUCAGGAGGGGCUGGCUCUCUGUCCACUGCGGGUGCAUCUUUAGGAGGUCUGGACUCAAUGGGAAACUGACUUGCCUGCAAAAGACCCAGUGGGAGAGCUUAAAAUGAAUCAGAAGUUGUUUUAUGUAUAUGAUUUUUUUAAUUAAAGUUUACUUUUUCAGA